AAGGAGGAAACUCAAAUAAAAAACGACAAAUCCAAAAAGAAACCAAAAAAGUUGGCUGUGAGUGCACCUUACAAGCUCACUAUAAUCUGUCUAAUUUUUCUGAAGUAGUUGUAAUGCACUAUUGGUAUGAGCAUAAUGGACAUGUGCCUGGUAGUCGCGCUGAUGUUAAAUAUUUAAAAAAGUCUGAAGAGAUUAUUACUGAAAUUAAAACAUUUGCACAGCAAGGACUAUCUCUUUCAGCAAUUCGCCAGUUAAUGAAAACACCUACAGAAAUAACUGAAAAGUUUUUUUUUAAUUUG